AUGGAGGCCAGCUGGCCAGAGGGCUCCGCAAAGUCCAAGAGGCAGACAAGACGUGCCGGGUGUUGGAAAUUCCUCAGCUUGGUGCUCUUGCAGGUUUUGAUAAGCAUGAUGGUCGUCGUCUACAUCCGAAACUGCGUGAAAGCAGAUCCGUCGGCCUCGGAGCCCUCCCCGCUCCUGGAGCAGCCCAGGAAAGGGUCCUGUGCCCCCGCCAGGAGGCCCCCCGAGAUCACGAUCCUCCUCUGGACCUGGCCGUUCAAGAAGUCCUCCCCGCUUCCGAAAUGCGGCAGGGUCCUGGGCUUCCCGGACUGCCGCUUCACGCUCAACCGCAGCUGGUACCCGAGGGCCGACGUGGUGAUCAUCCACCACAGGGACGUCUACCACAGCCCCAUGCUGCUCCCGAAGGGACCACGGCCCCCCUCCCAGCGCUGGGUCUGGCUCAACCUGGAGUCGCCCUACAACUCCUACAACCUCCAUUUCAUGGACAACCUCUUCAACCUCACCAUGACGUACCGGAGGGACUCGGAUAUCUUCAGCCCGUACGGCUGGCUGGAAGUCCUCCAGAAACCUCGACAGGUCAUCGUCCCGCCCAAGUCCAAGCUGGUGGCCUGGGUCAUCAGCAACUGGAAGCCGAACCUCCGCCGGACGAAGUAUUACCAGGUGCUGAGGCAGCACGUCCACGUGGACGUGUACGGCCACGGCCACAUGCCUCUGCCGAAGGAGCAGCACUACGCCACGCUGUCCCAGUACAAGUUCUACCUGGCUUUUGAGAACUCCAUCCACGAGGACUACAUCACGGAGAAGCUCUGGAAGAACGCCUUGGCCGCCGAGACCGUGCCAGUGGUCCUGGGGCCGCCGCGCAGCAACUACGAGCGCUACCUGCCCCCGGACGCGUUCAUCCACGUCGACGACUUCCCCACGCCGCAGCAGCUGGCCGAUUUCCUGCACCGGCUGGACAGGGACCCAAUCCAGUACCAGCGCUAUUUCCAGUGGCGCUCACAGCUGAAGCCUUUCGCCUUCUUAAGUUGGCACAUUCACUACUGCAAAGCAUGCUGGGCCUUACAAAGCAGGCCCACACAGUACCAGACCGUGAGGAAGCUCAGCAUGUGGUUCAGGUGA